UAUUCGAUACCCCCUCCAAUUUCCGGUGGAUAAUCAUAAAAUAAAAUCGACCAAAAAAGAAAAAAGAAAAGGCAAGAGUCCAACGCGGUCUCGGUCUCUCCUUCCGAUCCCGCUCCAAUCCUCGGCGGCCGCCCCACCGUCCGAUCAUCCGAUCAUUCCAUUUUAACUACGUAAAAGCAGAAUCACUUGGAGUUUAGUCUUGUGGAUGUCUCUCUCUCUCUCUCUCUCGCUGUCUCUCUACUGCAAGGGGUGUCACUUCCCGUUCGCCUACUCAUUUAUAGCAGAGGAGGAGAGUGUGGCUGAGUGAACUGCUUCAAGCUUUUUGUGUCGGCCAGAUCCGGCAUUGGAAGAUCCCUCCGUUAUCAGUUAGCUUCUGAUUGCUGGCCCAGACACAUCAUGGGCUCUAAGCAUCACUCCUCCAGCAAUAGAGCUCGAAGCCCAGUGUCUAUAUUUGUUGUACUUGGUCUGUGCUGCUUCUUUUACUUACUUGGAGCAUGGCAGAAAAGUGGUUUUGGAAAGGGUGACAGUAUAGCUUUAGAAUUCCCUAAGAAAACAGACUGCAAUGUUGUUUCCACGCUUGACUUUGAACCACAUCACAAUGAUGUUCCAAUAAUUGAGUCUGCAAAGCCAAAAGCCAAAGUGUUUAAGCCCUGUGAUUCUCAAUACACUGAUUAUACUCCUUGCCAAGAACAGGACCGCGCUAUGACUUUCCCAAGGGAAAAUAUGAUGUACAGAGAACGACAUUGUCCUCCAGAAAAUGAAAAAUUGCAUUGUCUAAUUCCAGCUCCCAAAGGAUACAUGAUUCCUUUUCCCUGGCCAAAAAGUCGGGACUAUGUCCAUUAUGCUAAUGUUCCUUAUAAAAGUUUGACUGUUGAGAAGGCUGGCCAGAACUGGGUAAAGUUUCAGGGAAAUGUGUUCAAAUUUCCAGGUGGAGGAACAAUGUUCCCUCAAGGUGCAAAUGCAUAUAUUGAUGAACUUGCAUCAGUGAUUCCAAUUAAAGAUGGUUCUGUUAGAACGGCACUGGAUACCGGUUGUGGGGUUGCAAGCUGGGGUGCUUACCUGCUUAAGAGAAAUGUGUUGGCUAUGUCUUUUGCUCCAAAAGACAAUCAUGAAGCACAAGUCCAAUUUGCAUUGGAGCGGGGUGUGCCUGCUGUUAUUGGCGUUCUUGGAACGAUACGACUUCCUUAUCCAUCUAGUGCAUUUGAUAUGGCUCAGUGCUCUCGAUGUUUGAUUCCAUGGACAUCAAAUGAUGGUAUGUACCUAAUGGAAGUUGAUCGAGUCCUUAGACCUGGUGGAUACUGGAUUUUAUCUGGCCCUCCAAUUAAUUGGAAGACCUACUACAAGGUAUGGAAACGGACUAAGGAUGAUCUUAGAGCAGAGCAAAGAAAGAUUGAGGAGCUGGCUGAACUUCUUUGCUGGGAAAAGAAGUAUGAGAAAGGAGAUAUUGCAAUCUGGAGGAAACGAGUGAAUGCCAAAUCCUGCCAGAGGAAGUCUGCUGAUGUGUGUAAAUCUAAGGAAACUGAUGAUGUCUGGUACAAGAAAAUGGAGGCAUGUAUAACUCCCUACCCUGAGGUUGACAGUGCAAAUGAAGUUGCUGGAGGAGAAUUGAAGAAAUUUCCAGCUAGGCUUUUUGCAGUCCCUCCUCGAAUAAUUAAGGGAUCUGUUCUAGGGGUCACGGCUGAAUCCUAUCAGGAAGACAAUACAAAAUGGAAAAAGCAUGUAAAUGUUUACAAAAGGCUCAAUAGUUUAGUAGGCACUACAAGAUACAGGAACAUAAUGGAUAUGAAUGCUGGCCUCGGAGGGUUCGCAGCAGCACUUGAAUCACCAAAAGUAUGGGUGAUGAAUGUUGUGCCUACCAUUGCUCAGAACACCCUAGGUGUUAUUUAUGAAAGGGGUCUGAUUGGCAUAUAUCAUGACUGGUGUGAAGGCUUCUCUACUUAUCCAAGGAGCUAUGAUCUCAUUCAUGCGAAUGGUGUGUUCAGCUUGUAUCAGGACAAGUGUGAACUGGAAGACAUCCUUCUGGAGAUGGAUCGCAUUUUGCGUCCUGAAGGUACAGUCCUCUUACGAGACGAAGUUGAUGUUCUGAACAAGGUGAGGAAAAUUGUCGGAGGCAUGAGAUGGGAGACCAAAUUGGUGGAUCAUGAUGACGGCCCCCUGGUGCCCGAGAAGAUAUUGGUUGCUGUCAAACAAUACUGGGUUGGCAGUGGAGGAAACAGUACAUCCUCUGACGAGUGAACCGUGGCCAGAUUCAGUUUCACACAUGCAUGAAUAAUUAUCAAAUGAUGGAAAUCAAACCACUAUGCCAGGCCCAAAAAAAGAACUUCUUGUGGUCCAUCCAAGGCGAAGGGAUUCAAAGGGUCCUGCCCCUUGGAGAUGGCAAAGAGGCAAGUUAAUUUAUUAUGUGCACCGUUGUUGAUGUAGAUCACAUGUGAAAUUUGGUUCUGCAUGGUGUUCUUGAAUGUGAUUCUUGAGGGAAUGGAAGAAUAGCAUUUAUAGUGGGCUGAAUAAUUAGGACAAUGAGUGUUAAAAUUGAUUUUUAAGAUAAUAAUGAUUUUAAUGAACUGUUUUACUUUCUUGCUAUGAAAUGAAUUGUUUUCUUUCCA